AUGCUUUCGUUACGCUCUUUAAGUCAUGGAUUUAAAAAAUUAUUUGGAAAUAAAGAAUUAUUGCAUUCAUUGCAACCUAAUGUACGUACCAAAAGUAGCAAAACCUUUGGUCAGCCAACCUCAUUUACACGGCCGCAUCUAUUACGACCAGGAGAACUUACACCGAAAGUAAACGCAGAUGAAUAUAGAGCCAGGAGGGAUAAUGUGGCAGCACUUAUGCAAGAAGGUGAUUUAUUGAUUACCACUUCUGCCGCUGUGAAAUACAUGUGUGGUGCAGCUUUGUAUGCCUUUUCAUCAUGA